CUCACAUCAUCAUCCUCCACACCCUAGGUUCCCGCGACUACGCCAGCAAACGUGACGCCAAGGUGAACCACCACCGUCAUGUCUAACCAGUCGAUUCUUCGCAUCUCGCGCGAGCUCUGUGAUAUUCAGAGAGGCUCCGAUCUGUCUCUAGCUGUUGCUUGUCGGGACAGCGAUGUCCGCUCUGUUCGCGCCCUCAUCAUCGGCCCGCCAGACACGCCGUAUGAGUUUGGCUUCUUCGAGUUCUCGGUCAAGUUUGGAAAGGAAUAUCCUGCCAAGGCACCCUCUGUCCAGUGCAUCACCACCAAUGGCGGUCGGACCCGCUUCAACCCGAACAUCUACGCCCAGGGCAAAGUCUGUCUAUCGAUUCUUGGGACUUGGCGAGGCGAACGAGGCGAGGAAUGGUCCUCCGCCCAGGGUCUGGAGUCUAUCCUGAUCUCUAUCCAGAGCUUGAUGUCGCCCGACCCUUACGAGAACGAACCGGGCUUCGAAGAAGCCAACUCCGAUUACGACAAGAAGCUCAAAGCAGCCUACAUUGCAAAGAUACACCACGAAACAAUGCGCGUUUCAGUGAUUGAAAGGCUUGAAGACUAUCUGAAGAUCAUCCCGCCCGAGAAGAAGGGCGCUGUCCGCUACGAUGCAGAGGAAGACUAUCAAUCCUCUGACGCUGACAUCUUCGAGCCAUUCAAAGAUCUCUGCAAGCGACGGUUCCUUUGGUACUACAACUCGUACGUGAAGAAAAUUAACGAGGUCAAGGAUAAGCACAAGGAGAAUGCCAAGUUCGAGCGGAUGCCCUUCGAGGGACCCAGCAAUGAGAUGGUUGGCAUGUUCCAAUAUGAAAGGUUGCUCAACCGUCUGGCUGCUAUCCGCGAGGCACUGGAAAAGGAAACAUUGAGUUGGAUAGAUGAUGGUCUGCAGGCUAGCAAGCAAGAGCUCAGCAUUGCCAACAAUCUGCAACGCCAGUUUGAGCAAACCACUGACCACUUCGAGCAUGCCGAUAGCGUCCAGCUCGACUUUGAGCUAGUUCAGGGCAACCCGUUCGUUUGGAAGGUCGUUCUCUUCGGACCACCUAUGUCUAACCUUGACGGAGGCAUCUUCAACAUCAAGAUCUACUUGUCCACACAUUUCCCGGAUAUUCAGCCUCGUGUCAAGGUUGAAACGCCUCUCUUUCAUCACCGCAUAUCUAAGGACGGGGUACUCUGCUACAGCGCGCGUCGCUCCGAUGAUUUGAGGAGCCAUAUCGAGGCCAUUGUGGAGGCUAUCAAGGAUGACAACCCCACGUACGAUCCACGAACACUGGUCAAUCCAGAGGCGUCAGCACUCUUCUGGGGCACCCCAGAACAGAAGAAGCUGUACAGCCGCCAGCUGAGACGUAGCGCGCAAGCAAGCUUCGAGUAA